AAUUUCCCCUGAUUCUUAAUUCAAUUCUCCCAUAAUUUUUUAAGCCCAACUAUUUCCUCUUCAAAAAACUAUAAGGUUUGAGCCUUGAGGCCAAUUUAUCAUAUAAUUGAACUAUGCUAGCAUAUCUUUAUCUGGGUUUGAGUUUUCGCUUUUGAUCAACCUUGUGUGAAAAUUGCAUUGAAUUGGUGAUGUGGGGCACAUAUAUAUAGUAAGAGAUAUGGGAAACUGUUUGUCUUAUAGAUUGAAGAUUGUUCAUGAACAAGACCCAGAACAUGACCUAAAUGAAGAUACUAAUUUACCCAAAAAUGUGACCCGUUUCUCAUAUAAAUCAUUGCAAAACGCGACUAAUAAUUUUAGAACUAAGAUUAAAGAUAAUGGAUUUUCAUCCUUUUACAAGGGUACUCUAGAAGAUGGCUCUGAAGUCAUGGUUAAGGUUUUCGAAACUGUAAAUAAUAACAUAGACUUCAAUUCACUAGUCAAAAUCAUGUCUGGGGUUAAGCAUAAAAAUGUGGUUGAACUCAUUGGAUUUUGCCUUGAGGGUAAUCACAAGAUGCUUGUGCAUGACUUUGUAGGAGACUACAGCUGGUUGGAGUUGUUGUUUCCGGCUUCUGGGGUAAGAACUUUGGUGCUGCCUUGGCACCGGAGAGUGUCCAUAUGUCACGGGAUUGCUCGAGCUAUUGAAUAUCUUCACUAUGGGAUCAGUCCUCGUGUUGUUCUUUGUGAUGUCAAGCCUCGUAAUGUAUUAAUGGAUUCGAGUUUCAAUCCCAAAAUUGUAGAUUUUGAGGUUGCAUGUCUUCUUGAGGAUGAUGAAUCACAUGAUAGUGGUGCCAUCCGUGGAACUAUUGGCUACAUGGAUCCUGAAUUUUAUUCGACAGGAAGAUGUUCGGAGAAGGUGGAUGUGUAUGCUUUUGGCAUCACUAUGCUUGAAAUCAUCAGCGGUAGGAGGAAUUUGAAGUUUGUGCAAGAUUCCGUGAGGAUUAGUUUGGUGGAUGAGGCUUGGGAACUCCGCGAAAGUGGUAGGAUUCCUGAUAUUGUUGACUCUACUUUAUCUGAAUUUUCUGAGGAUGAGGUGAUACGCUUUGUCACUGCUGCACUAUCUUGUGUCCAAUUACCUUCAGAACUCAGACCAAGCAUUUCUGAUCUAAGGCUAAUGCUCUCGGACGGCUAUGACUUUAGUAAUACAGUACUAAUUAGACCACCAAGGGAUUACUGGCAGCGCAGCAGUCCUGAUGAACUAUCGGACAGUCCAUUAAAUAACGAGGAAUGAAAAUGUUUCCAUCAGCUACCUGUGUUGUGAGUUGUAAGGGUGAAGAAGAUAAAGUUGGUGACAGAGCACCAUGCAUCUAUGCGGGUAAUAUACUUGUCGUACUCAUUCUGCUGCACUGAUACGAGUAAUCUCUUAAUCUCUUUGUUAAUUUAAUUGCUUAAGUGUCUGUCAUUUUGUAUAACCCUUCUUGUCAAAGUCUUGUAUUAGACAGACUUACAAGUCACAAUUACAUAAAGUAAGUACUUAUCAUGCUGACUUUCUGUCUUUGAGGGUACAUAUUGUUUACGGUAGCUUUUAAUGUUUUACAAUAAAUUAGUGUGAGAUGGUCUCACCCAAGACUUGAUCUAUUCUUUGGAUGUGUGUUGUGUAAGUUAGUGUUGUAGGUUUUUGGAACUGUUGUUAUUUUCUUAAGGUCAUUCUUGUGUA